CUGUUGAUUUUUUUUUCUUAUUUGCACAACUUUAGAGAUCGAGAAUCUAGACUGACGACCAUCCUAAGAUCCUAGAAUUCAGAAUUCCAUUUCCAGUCCUCACUACCAUUAUCUCAUACCAUCUAGAUUUAGAACUAGGAUCUACAACUAGAAUAUAACAUUGAUUGAAUUUUGAUCCAGAGCCGUAUCUAGAUUAUACAAAUUAGUUAAUUAAUUGGAAUCUUUUUUUCAGUUUUUCAUCCGUUCAAGUUCAAGGAAGAGUGAAGAGAUGUCCCAGAAUCCACCACCACCCCCAUAUCCUGGAGAACCUGAGCAAAAAGGUGGCGCAAACUAUGGUGCACCUCCAUAUCCAACAACUGAAGGAUAUCCACCCCCACAGGCUGGCUACUACCCUCCUCCUGCUGGAAUGUACCCACCUCCUGGACAGCCAGGUGGCUAUCCACCUCCAGGGCAGCCAGGAGGUUAUCCACCUCCAGGGCAACCUUACCCUCCCCAGGCCGGCUAUCCAUCUCAGUCAACCCAGUCUCAUAUGAACACUGUCGUUGUCACCCAGCCUCAAGCUCCUGUUGUGGUUGUACAGACAUUCAACGCUGUUCCAGUUCGAACCAAUUGCCCCCACUGCCAUGCUGACAUUGUCACUGCUACUCACUUUGAAAGUGGCACAUUUACCUGGGUUAUCUGCAUCAUCCUUUGUGUAGUUGGGUGUGAUCUUGGCUGCUGUUUGAUUCCUUUCUGUUUGGACGGAUGCCAAGAUGUCAUCCAUACUUGUCCCAACUGUCGACAACACAUUGCCAGAUGGAAUAGGAUGUAAUGGCAACUGGUCAUGGUGGGCACAUGAACAAGGUCAUGGUGGGCGCAUGAUACUCGACCUUUAUGGGAAACGUCUGUAGAGGAAGAGAAAAAACUCGACAAGAGCUUGCUAAAGAUGCAGUUUGACAAUUUCUUAAUGUACAUAACAUUAAUGACUGUACUCAUUUCUGUUUAACCCAUGCCAUAUAUACAAUUCAUCUUAUUUGUUUGUCACUGUUUUAUUCAGCUUAUACAUUCACUGAGAAAAAUGAGAGAUUAAAAGAAAUUUUCUUAAAAUGCGAACAUCAAAUGUGGCAGACUUCAUUUAUUGCAAUGUUUUGUUGGUUUUUCAUUUGGAAAACAAAGUUGUUCAGUGUCAUUGUAUUAGUUAAGCAAUUUUGAAAUGUGAGACCUUAUAUUUUUCAAUUCAAAUACUCAACAUGUAUAUUUUAUGGCCUUUUUUUUUUUGGGGGGGGGGUGAAUGGGAAUUUAUUUUUUUUGUUUCAAUAUUUUUGUUAGCUGUUCUUAAGUUUCAAUUCUGUCUUUUUUUUUUUUUUGUUUUUUUUGUAUGUAUUUUAAAUGAUGUCACAUCAUGGCUCAUGAAAAUAUAUGGAGUUCUGUAAAGAUACCUUUUUUUUAAUCAAAGAAUUCUUGAUGGUUUUAAUCUUUAACAGAUUUGCAAUGUAAAAUAUUUCUUAUUUUAUUGAGAUUUUGUUUAUAUUAAUUAAGAUUACUUUCAAAGAUGUAAUUAUGCAGUCAUUGAACCUGAUACAGUUUACUUCUGAGUUGUCUCAGGAACAAGACUCACAACUUUAGCUGUUGUAAAAGAAAAAAGAAGCUCAAACUCUUUAUUCCAUUUACAUUUUGUUUGCACUAUUUCAAAAGACUCAAAUUUACUUUGUAUGAGAAAGUCUCUUCAGAUUUUCUUACAACAGAGCUCCUAUUGAUGUUAGUAGUUACUUCUUCCAACCCAAGAAAAUGCAUGAACCGCAGCUUAAUAAAACUAGAACAAGUUACAAUUUCUCUUUCAGAGAAGAACAUUUCUUUGAAUUGUAGUCACAAAGAUACAAAAUCUUGUUUGAUUCCAUUUUGUAUGCACAGUUAAGGCAGCUAGGCACAAGUCUUAAUUUUAGGUAAUUUUGUGUUCUUUUAUCUAAUUAUAAACAUUUUAUCUAAUUAUAAACAUUUUAUCUAAUUAUAAACAUUUCCUUCCUUGUGUACUGCUUAAUUAUCUAUGCACAAAAGGGAAAUUACUUAGCAGGUUUAAUAUAAAUACAUUUUAUCACCAUUAAUGAAAAGAUUGGGUUUUUUUUUUGUUUCAUUAAUUAGGGAAAAAUAAAAUCUUAUUCUUUUCAAAGAAAUAGUGUAAGUGUUGCCAACUCAAAAAAUGUCAAUGAUCCUACAACUAGUAUUCAACCUUCUUCUAGCCCUCAGGUAACAUAAUUAUAAUUCCAAUAAGAUUUUAUUAUGAAAUCCGUAAUGAUUUUUUAAAACAAUUUUUAUUUACUUAGACACCUCUAUAAGUAUUAGGUGUUUUUUUUUAUAGAACUUAAUAAUUGUUUUAAUUUGAACAAAUAUUUUUAUUAGUUGAUAAUUCACCAAUAUACUUUUUCAGACCAAAUAUGCUAAUCUAUAUUUCAACCAUUUAGAUAUCUGUGUUAUCUUGAUAUUGGCACCAUUCUGUAUACAUUAUAUUCUAGUAGUAGAUGCAUAUUGUAAUAUUAUAAGAUUAUAUAUAUAUAUAUGGCAAUUAGAUAUAAAUUGAAUGGAAAGUUCUCUUUACUUAUUAUGAGAUCUGUUUAGCUCAAAACAUGAUAAUUGAAUCUCAGUGUAAAGUAUCCUUUUUGGAGAAUUAAAAGGAAAGUAUUUUGUAUGUACUAACUCAAUACGUUUCAUAUUGCACCAUAGGUCCAUUUUUAUCAGUUUAAGUUGUUCUAGGAAUUUUUUUUAAAAGCACUCUUUAAUAACCAAGCACGGCUUCAAAACAUCUACCCCCAUAGUCUGAAAGGGAUACAUUUACGUUACCUACCUUGAACUUACAACAAACCUAGGGUGGUGGCCGGGCCGUGGGGUUUGCGCUUUGGGACUGUUAGGCGUGAGUGUCAGCCCUGGCCACUGUUUAAACUAGGAGGCAAUUAUUUCAAUUUCUAAAGGAACAUCUGAAACUUAGGAAACAAAAAAAACUACUUCACUUAAUAGAGAUUUGUCUGGGGUAUUUUCUAACCCAAUGCUUGCACUGAUAUUGGUAUUUGUAAUGUCUCUAUCUGCUUGGUGUUAUAUACAAUUAUUAUUUGCUGGGUUUGAGGUAUCAAAGUUCUUUUAGUUUUGACAUGGUCACCUCAUAUUUUUUAAAACUAUUAUCUGCAUGAUGUAGUUACAACUGUUCAAAGGGUUUUAUUGUGUACCUAGAUCAGCUAGAGGACAGUAUGUAUGUGUGUGUACCAAUUACCAAUCAUUAGUCCAUUUUAUAACACUUUGUGACCAAUAGUUAAACAUGUUCUAGUUCUGAAUGCUGUUAGCCCCCUCCUUUGAACACUUGUAAUUAUUAACUAACUUUUGACAUUUAAUGUGUGUUUUAACUCUUCCUUCUAUCUUCUGUUACAAACUUGCAUUAAAUCAAUUUGUAAUAACCUCA